AUGUCGAGUGAAGGAGAAGAGAUGCGAAGGUCUACCGGUAUCCAUGGCGAUGGAGCAACCGACACUGCGACAAGCGGUCAAGAGCUCGUUGGUGUAGUGGUGACCGAAGGAGGAAUUGGCGAAGUUAGGUGCCAUGGUGGUGUAGGAGAGCCCGAAGGCUCCACAAAUACUGAUCUGAUUCACAUGGACCCUGGAGGCGGGUCGCUAAGUGCAUGCCCAGGUCGCGAGGAUGAGAGAAGGCACCAUAGGCGAAACCCUACAUGCGCUGCUGAUCGUGGAGGCCACGGGCAUCGUUGGAGGGACGUGCCUAUCGUGGAGAGAGCUUCGAAGAUGAGGCGCAGAUCAAGGAAGCCGAGGCGUCAUGGGUCAACGCCGAGGGCGAAGCACCAUGGGCGCCGUGCAGCGACGAGGGGGGUGAUGCUAGAUAACGAACACAAGCAGCGGAGCUUGCAGUUGGGUUCGCCGGAUAUUGGGUAUGACAAGACGCUAGGUGAGCCAGGCUUGACGGCGAUGACUGAGCACAAAGCUAGGAAGUUUGUGUCUGUGGUCAUAGAGUAG